GGUACCUCCUACGUUCCCAAAUAGAAGGCACGCUCCUCUUUAUCUCUAACUUACAGGUGCUGAUUCUCACUUUGGAAUGAAAGAAAUCUCAACAGGAGAAUGAGCCAACAAGGUUAUGUUGCUACACCUCCAUACUCCCAGGCCCAGGCUGGAAUGGGGGGAUACCCCACUGGAUUUGGGCCCCCUCAUCCACAGGCCCAUUAUGGACACUAUGGAGCUACACCACAGUCCUUUCCUGCUCAACCAGCAGGUAUGCUCAAACCGACAGCCUCUUCUCCCUCUGUGAUGCCUGCACCACCUGUGUCUAGUCAUUAUGGACCUUCUAUUCAGCAAAAUGGCGCACACCCUCAGAAGUUUCCUCCCCCUCCUGCAGCCUCUGCCCCUGUAUCAUCUCCUUAUGGCCAGCCCCCUCAAAGACCAUACCAAAGUAUGCCUCAAACUCAGCAGUUAACCAAUCAGAUGAGUGGCAUGAACCUUGAUGGAUAUGCCCCAAACCCCAUGCAGCUCCCUCAGUCACCCACCUCAUCUGCAGCACCACAGUCUUUCCAAAUGUCUCCAUCAUCAGCAGUGGGACUUCCACCCAUGGCUGCACCCGGCCCUCAGUCUCCUUUAAUGAGUGCAUGUCCACCUAUGGCAGCAGGAUGUCCACCUAUGGCAGCAGGAUGUCCACCGAUGGCAGUUGGCCCUCCACCAAUGGCAAUGCCUAAUUCACAGCCUGGCCCUCCCCCACUGGUUGGAAUGCAGCAACUAGCUGGACCUCAGGGAUUUCCCCAGCAACCAGGACCAUAUGGAGGGCAGAUGCCAGGCCCACCAAUGGCUGGACCUCAGGCAGGUUUUCCAGGAGGGUUUCCAGGAGGACCCAACAACUUGGCUGGACCUCCUCAGAAAAAACUGGACCCAGAUGACAUUCCUAGCACUACUCAAGUGAUUGAAAAUGACCAGGCUAGAAGAGGUGGUCAGCUGUACACCACAAAUCUCAGGGGUCAAGUUCCUCCCCUAGUAACGACCAGUUUUACUGUUCAGGAUCAAGGAAAUGCAAGCCCCAGGUUUAUGCGCUGUACUACCUACUCAUUUCCCUGCACUGCUGACCUUGCCAAGCAGUGCCAAGUUCCCCUGGCUACCAUCAUCAAACCUUUUGCCAAAGUGCCUGAUAAUGAAACUCCUCUGUACAUGGUAAAUCACGGAGAGCCAGGACCCAUACGCUGUAACCGCUGUAAGGCUUAUAUGUGCCCCUUCAUGGUCUUUAUCGAUGGAGGAAGACGAUUCCAGUGUGGUUUCUGCAACUGUGUUAAUGAGGUUCCUGUCCAGUACUUUCAGCACCUGGAUCAUAUGGGCAGAAGAGUGGAUUUAUAUGAGAGACCUGAGCUGUCCCUGGGCUCAUAUGAGUUUACUGCUACGCUGGAUUAUUGCAAGAACAAUAAGCCUCCCAGUCCUCCUGCUUACAUUUUUAUGAUCGAUGUCUCCUACAACAACUUAAAGAGUGGACUUGUCAGACUGAUAUGUGAGGAACUAAAGACACUGCUAGAUCAUCUUCCAAAGGAAGAGGGCUCUGAAAGUUCAGCUAUAAAGGUGGGCUUUGUCACCUACAACAAGAUCCUGCACUUCUACAAUGUAAACAGUGCACUAGCUCAGCCCCAGAUGAUGGUGGUCUCAGAUGUGGCAGAGAUGUUUGUGCCACUCUUGGAUGGAUUCCUGGUAAACUUUCAAGACUCACGAGCGGUCAUCAACAAUCUCCUGAGCCAGAUCCCUGAUAUGUUUGCUGAUACUAAUGAAAGUGAGACUGUUUUUGCUCCAGUGAUCCAAGCCGGAGUUGAGGCACUAAAGGCCGCUGAGUGCAGUGGAAAGCUCUUCAUCUUCCAGUCCUCCCUCCCCACAGCAGAGGCCCCCGGGAAGCUCAAAAACCGAGACGACAGGAAGCUGGUGAACACUGAAAAAGAAAAGACAUUAUUUCAGCCACAGCGUGGUGUGUAUGAGCAGCUCACUAAAGAAUGUGUGAGCCAGGGAUGCUGUGUGAACCUCUUCCUUUUCCCAAGCCAGUAUGUGGAUGUGGCCACCAUGGGUGACAUCCCCACUCACACUGGCGGCUCAGUGUACAAAUACAGCAACUUCCAGGUGCAGGUCGACGGUCAGCAUUUCCUCAGUGAUUUGAGGCUAGAUGUGAAGAAGUCUAUUGGGUUUGAUGCCAUCAUGCGUGUGCGAACCAGCACAGGGUUUAGGGCUACAGAAUUCUUUGGUUCCUUCCAUAUGAACAACACCACAGAUGUGGAGAUGCCUGCAGUGGACUGUGACAAAACAGUUACAGUGGAGUUUAAACAUGAUGACACACUUAAUGAGGAGACUGGAGCUCUUAUACAGUGCGCUCUCCUGUACACAUCUGUCAGUGGUCAAAGACGUCUGCGCAUUCACAACCUCAGUCUGAACUGCAGCUCCCAACUCUCUGAGCUCUAUAAGAGCUGUGAGACUGAUGCUCUCAUCAACUUCUUCGCCAAGUCAGCAUACAACGCUGUGCUGAACCAGCCUGUGCGGACGGUGAGAGAGAUCCUGGUAAAGCAGACGGCCCACAUGCUGGCCUGCUACAGAAAGAACUGUGCCAAUCCCUCUACAGCCAGUCAGCUGAUCCUGCCAGAUGCAAUGAAGGUGUUCCCAGUAUACAUGAACAGCCUGAUGAAGUCUCCAGUGCUGGUUGGCAGUGCAGAACUCUGUACAGAUGACCGGGCCUUUCACAGACUCAGCAUCAUGUCCAUGGGAGUGGAGGAGACCCAGAUCCUGCUUUACCCACAGCUCAUUCCAGUGCAUACCAUGGAUAUGGCGAGUGAGUCGAUACCACCAGCAGUGCGCUGCUCAGAGGAGCGUCUGAGUGACACAGGGAUGUUUCUGCUGGAGAACGGCCAGUCUCUGUUCCUGUGGCUUGGCCAGGCCUGUCCUCCUGAUCUUAUCCAGAACCUCUUCAAUGUGCCUUCCAUGGCCCACCUCGGCCCUGACAUGACUUCAUUGCCUGAGCUGGAUAACACAUAUUCUAGGAAGCUGCACUUCAUCAUCUCUGCCAUUUCCCAGCAGCGGUCCAAAUCCAUGAAGGUGGUGAUUGUAAAGCAGAAGGACAGAUCAGAAAUGCAGUUGCGUCAGCACCUGGUGGAGGAUGAGGGCCUACACGGAGGGGCGUCCUACAUGGACUUCCUGUGCUUUGUUCACCGCGAGAUCAGACAGCUUCUAACCUAACAUUUACACACACAUCAUUCAUAGAGAGAAUAUGUGCAAAGGCAGCACACAUCCUGAACUUAAUAUUUCCAAAGUUGCCUUAAAAAGACUGUACUGUGUACCCAUUCUGGGUGUCACAAUUGUGCUUAUGUCCAUUCCAGUUCAGUUGGGAAAGAAAUCAUUUCAGGCUAGGCUUUUUGUGUACUGGCACAUAGUAAUAUUUUCUUAUGUAAACAUAUUGUUCAGGUAAAAGGAAAAAGAAUUUAUAAAUUCUUGUGUCAAAUGAGCAAAGGAAAUUACUUUUAAUAAAAUGAUUUACAAUGUUUAUUUAAAAUGUCAAAAUCAAGAAAGGUUCUGUCAUGCUUUUACUUUACAAAAGCAAACUGUGUAUUAAUUAAUGGAUUGAAUAUUAUUGAAGUAGUCCAAGUAUAUUAACUGAAUAACAUUCAAGGUACAUUCCAAUGAAUGAAAUGAACUUAAAGAGUAAUAAGUAUUUUCUAAAACAAAAGAAUAUAUGUGCUUAAAUUGUUAUGUGCUAUUUCUAGAUAUGCAAAUACUGACAAUUUCUUUGAACCCAUAACCGUCAUUAGUGUACGGUUAACUGAUAACCGACAAGCACAGAGCAUCCCAUCAAAAUAUAAAGUUUUAUAUAAUUAAGUCUGCAUAAGAAACAUGCUAAUCAUAAUUAAUAAUGAUUGUCAGUAUACUAAAGCUCUUUCUGACAUUAUUAGUAUGGCUAUUAUAUGAUGAUAAGCAGAUUUCUAGCAUUAUACUGGAACAUGAUGCAAAGGAUCCUCAUCAUUUUGUAAACAAUAAACAUUAGAUCUGGAUUCACAGGUGCAAAGUUUAACAUGCAUUUAGACUUAAAACUGACACUAAACAGCUUCUACACCUCUAAUUUUGAUGUCUAGUUCCAUAGUUUUUCAUCUAAAUAAUUUUAAAGCAUUACAGUUCCCUUGAUCAGAUUAGAACUGCAGCGCUCUUCACAUUUUGUACACGUUGUGAAUGAUAAGAGAGCAUCCGAGUUCAAAUAAAGCAUCAGCUGUUGGAAAUAAAUUUAAAUGAAACUUACCAACAGCAGUUCAUUGUGGGUUAUCAGUUAUUCAUUGACAUUUUUAAGCAUUUCAUGGCAUUUAGGCUGUUUAUAUGUUCAUGUAAAACAGUAAGUGUUCAGCAGCUUUAAAAUACUUAAUAAAACAAUAAAUAAAUAACAUGCUUCUUUUUAAAAAUCCCUAAUAGACUUUUAAAACUUUUAUUUCCAUACAUGCAGAUUGUCUGUCUGGUUAUAUAGUCAAUAAAGUGGUUAAAAUUGUUAGUGAAAUACUUAUUUUAAAUGUACUUUUUAAAAAUUGGUAUGUAAUAAAAUGUAUUUGCAUCUAAAAUACUGUCUUAUAUAUAAAGAUACCUCAGGUAGUCAGUGUACCAAAACUCUUAUGUUAAGCAAACAAUGUUGUUAUUAUGUUAUUAUUCUAACAGGACCCAUUUGUUAAACAUAUGCUGUUCCAUAUACAUUUCAAAAAUUUUUUAUUAUACAUGGCCUUUAUUGGUGUUUUUAUUAAAUUGUUUACAUUGCAGGUAAAGAUGGCAAAGAGAAAACUGUCAUAUUU